AUGUCUAUCAGCAAUCCAGGAGGGCCUGCCACCACCACACAACUCCAACUCGAAGUUGACAUUGGUCAGCUGUCGCUCGAUGCCGCUAGAACUGACUUGCCACCAUCCGCAUCUUCUGGCAAGGGUGGUAGGGUGUCUGCAGCUCAACGUCGAGCUAUUGCUCAGGCUGCUCAGACUCCCGUGGACUCAGACGUGGUCCCUGUCAUUCCUUUGGCUCCUCCUCCAGUAGUCAAGCGUGUUACACGCAAUGGUGGUGCCAAACGACAGCGAGGAAGGCGUCAGGGAGAAAACGUCGUCAUCAGCUCCGAAAAUUCCUUCGUCGACUACUGUAACAUGCAUCCGCUCGCACUGCAUCAAUUAAUGCCACCUUUCAACAUCAUGGACCGUCUUCCCAAUAAUACUCCCAUUCACCUCACACAUCCGCUCACACUCAGCUUCACCACUCUCGCACUGGUCCAGGAUACCAACAUAAUUCUACCUUCCUUAGGACCGUCUUCCUACUCCCAUUCACCUCACACAUCCGCUCGCACUCAGCUUCACCACUCUGCUGGAUACCAUUGGCAACAUAAUUCUAUCUUCCUUACCACUCGCACUCAGCUUCACUAA